UCGGUUUGGUCGCGCGACUCAAUUGUCAAGUGCAGAAGUUCUUGAAGCUGGGCUUGGUGUAGUUCGUUGUGUUUCAUAAGCUCGUUCCGAUGACAGUUUUUAAUGCAUCCAAUUUGCCAUUCAAACCCUUUAUUAUAAAACCUACAAGCGAAUAGAUCACCAACAACCCACAACAUUUCAUUAAAUUUUCAGAAUGAAUGGUACUUCAGGCUUGAGGCAUCGGACAGCAGUCCCCAUUUCAAAAAGUAACACCAAGGACUGCUUAUCACCUCCCCCAGUGAACCCAUUUGUGCAUAACGUCGACUUGGGGCCAUACGACAAGAUCAAAGUUUACAUUUUGACUGUGGUAUUGCUCCCUCUCAGGCUUGUUGCCGUUUUUGCCUGCCUUUUCAUUGCAUACUUGCUGGCGUGUAUUGGCACCAUAGGUUUAUCCCAAGAAGACUUGAUUGACAAGCCUAUGAAAGGAUGGAGAAGGCAGCUUCGCACGGUGAUCUGCUGGUGGAUGUGCAAGAUGUUCUUCAAUAUGGGGUUCUACCGAGUAACAGUCAAGGGCAUAAGGGCCACCGAGAGGGAAGCGCCAAUCUUAGCGUUGGCACCGCACUCGAGUUUUUCGGAUGCGUUCCCUGUUGUCCUGCUCACGGCGCCCAGCCUCGUUGUCAAGCAAGAAGUCCAGCACAUCCCAUUCUUUGCCAAACUUAUCAACUAUACGCAACCAGUUUACGUUUGGAGGGAAGAUCCCAAUUCUCGACAAAAUACCAUCAAAGAGAUCAAAAGGCGCACCACCUCGCCUGAUGGUUGGCAGCAGAUCCUCAUAUUCCCAGAGGGAACAUGCUCCAACCGAACAGGAUUGAUCACUUUCAAACCGGGGGCCUUUUACCCUGGUGUGCCCGUCCAACCUGUCUGCAUCAGAUAUCCUAAUCGACUGGAUACCGUUUCAUGGACUUGGCAGGGACCCGGCGCUUUGGAGCUCCUCUGGUUGACUAUGACUCAAUUUUACACUUAUUGCGAGCUGGAAUUCCUACCCGUGUAUGUUCCUACAGAGGAAGAGAAGUGCAAUCCGAAACUGUUUGCAAGCAACGUCAGAGACGUCAUGGCCAAAGCACUGCAAGUACCAGUAACAGAUUACUCAUAUGAAGACUGUAGACUUAUGAGUAAAGCCAAAAAAUUUGGCCUACCUCCUUCAAUUGGAUUAAUCGAAGUCCAGAACGUCCGUGAAGAAUUUGGUUUGGACGCACGGGUGCUGGAAACUGACUUCUUAGAAAAAUUUGCUAAAUUUGCAGACCACUCAACUGGUUUGGCCGAUGCCAAACAAUUUGCUAAAUAUUUGCACCUCCCAGUGGAUCACCCUAAAGCAAUGGAACUCUUUGACAUUAACGAUUCGGAUCGAUCCGGGACGCUGAGUUUCAAAAAGUAUGUUCGAGGUCGCUGCACGUUGAGUGGUUCUACCAAGAACUCUAUUGGAACCAAUGGCAGUUGGGAUGUUGUCAAACGACGCCUUAAACUAUCACCAGAGAAUUUGGAAACUAUUGACUCUUUUGUUGUAAAUUUAAAAUCGGAUGCGAAUGAAAACGACGUAUUGGAUCACCUCUACGCCGCAGUACCAGAAUGGAGUUGGAUUGUUUCAGAAUUGUGCAACUCAUCGUCGCCAUAAUUAAAGGUCCAUCUCAAUAAUUUAUCAGCGAACGUUAACCAACUAUCCUUUUCUUCCCAUACGUCAUCCACUAAAAAAAUUAUGUAUUAAGAAUUCCUGUUACACAUACCCCUUCCGAAGGAGGUAAAUUUAAGACAUGUCUCUUCUCAUUGCCGAGAGCAAAUCUACGUCAGCAAGAUGUUGAAACGAUUGCUGUGUACUAGUCGUACGAAAUCUUGGGUGUCGUGCUUUUUGGCUGUCUCUAAGUGUACUUAGCUGAUCGUUUUCAGUAUACAGCGCGCGUUUCUUCAUCGAUAAGUAUUUCAAACAGAUUGCAAUCCACAAACUUGCAUUCUGUGUUGGGCUUCAGUUGCCGUCCCUUUAAAGGCAGUUUUUCAAAAUAUAACGAUCUUAUUCAUUAGGAUAUUUGUUGCACCUUUGCUUGCUACCCUCCUGAAAAUUUAAAAUGGCUGAUUUGUGUCGUUAAGUGCGAUUUCUGCGGAACAUUAAGUGGCAAGCUUUUAAUUCGUAAAAAGUUUUGGUCAGAAAAACCAAUUCCUCGAG